AUGUUACUUCAAGUUUUAAUUAAAGGUGCUCUGCGAUACAACCGAUCUCCUGUCUCAAACUUAUGUCGUCAUUAUGCAGCUCAUGUACAGCGUCCGGCUCCUGACUUUUGUGGAACGGCAGUGGUGGAUGGCCAAUUUAAAGAAAUAAAACUGAGAGAUUAUGCUGGCAAAUACUUAGUCCUCUUUUUCUAUCCUCUGGAUUUUAGUUUUGUGUGUCCAACUGAGUUAACUGCAUUUUCUGAUCGAAUUGAUGAGUUCAAAAAUGAAGGAGUUGAAGUCGUUGGCGUUUCAACUGAUUCACAUUUCAGUCAUCUCGCUUGGAUAAAUACUCCACGUAAAGAAGGUGGUUUAGGCUGUCUACGCUAUCCACUCUUGGCAGACUAUCAAAAACAAAUUACGCGUGAUUAUGGGGUCCUUCAAGAAGAGUUAGGUGUUGCCCUUCGCGGCUUAUUUAUAAUUAAUCCUGAUGGUAUAGUCCGCCAGAUUACUAUUAACGAUCUUCCUGUUGGAAGAUCUGUUGACGAAGUUUUGAGAUUGGUUAGAGCCUUCCAGUUUACAGAUAAACACGGUGAAGUUUGCCCAGCAGGUUGGCAACCAAAAGGUCCAACAAUAAAGCCAGAUCUGAAAAAGUACAAGGAGUAUUUUCAUAAGGUUAAUUAA